CCCAUCCAUAUCCCGGCUGUCUGUAUACCCUUGGCAUCGUUACUUAUUUACGAUAAUGCCACUGAGCUCCGUUCUCGAGGAGCUCGAGGCCCAGCGACCGCAGGCAGAAUCUUUGGAUAUCAGCCCAGCUCACGCUACCUCCAACCUGCAAUGGCAUCUACUGCUCCUUAUUUGCCCUCACCUGUCUUACUUAUCUACAGUUUUGCCACUGUUUGUCUUCUGCUUCAACCUCAGUCUUUGUCCCUCUCUCCUCUUAUGGGCAGAAUUUUUUACGGGACUAGGGUUCUGAUGAAUGGCUUCUAAUGUGUAAUUCCUCUGGGGAAGAGAGUAGGAGACAACAUUAAGGUUUUACUUAAACAAAAUGGAGAAGGGGAGGAAUUCACUUGAAGCACCACUGUCGAAAACUCUGGUAGCACUCAAGAGAGUCCGGUCUCUGCGAGACCCGGAUACAAACUCUAUGAGUAAAUUGAUGAUGGGUAUUGAUAAUGUGAACCUUGAUGGGAAUUCUAGCAAGGAUGCAUGUCUAGGAUUGAUAGAUUCUAAUAAACAUCAUGUUACCAAGUCCCGGAAUUAUGAUACGAGAGAGAGAUUGGAGGAUAUUGGGAGCAAUUCUAAUUCUGAUUCUGAUUCUGAUUAUGCUUCCUCGAAGAAAUCUUCUACAAUCGGAAUUAGAGCCCAAAAUUCAAGAAGGGGCAAUUUGGUUCGGCAACCACAUUAUCGUCGCACAAAGAAAUCAUUAGAACCGUCAUGGUUCCCGAAUUCUUUGAAUAUUUUCGACGAUGAAGCAAAUUCGUGUAGUGAGACGAGAAUCAAUAGAACAGCUCGAAAGAAGAAUUCAGGAUAUCGCAGUUGGAGGAAGCCAUAUAAGUCUAUGGAGGAGGCAGCUAUGAGUAGAGUAGGAAGCCCGUGCAUGUCGACAAGUGAAGCCCGGACCUAUUGUUCAGGCCGGAUUGCUGCUGGGCUUGUGAACGAUGGGGCUGACAUUGUGGAUUCGAGUAUUAGUGGCUGCGGUAUUAGUUAUUGUUGGUCAAGGACACCAAAAUACAGAGACCCAACUCUUUCUCCUGAUGUUGGGACCGAUGAGCAUCCAUUAAUAUCUGCUGAAUGGGCCGAGAGAUCUUGUAGAGAGAUUGUUCCAUAUCCAGUGAGUCCUAGAAGUGUUAGCCAGAAAUUUAGGCCUAAAUCCUUCGGUGACUUGGUUGGACUUAGCUCAGUUGCUAAUUCCCUAUUGUUUGCGUUAUCAAAAGGAAAGAUUGCUCCUGUGUAUUUGUUCCAUGGUCCUACAGGAACUGGUAAAACCUCAACAGCCAGGAUCUUUGCAGCUGCUUUGAAUUGUCUAUCUCUUGAAGAGGAUAGGCCUUGUGGGUUUUGUCGGGAAUGUGUAUUUUUGUUCUCUGGAAGGAGUAGGGAUGUUAAAGAGCUUGAUGCUUCAAAAAUAAAUCGUAAAGAUAGGGUGAAAGCUCUACUAAAAAGUGCUUCUCUUGCUCCGUUUUCAUCUCAGUUCAAGGUCUUCAUCAUUGAUGAAUGCCAAUUUCUUAAAGAGGAGACAUGGGCUUCAAUUUUCACUAGUGUUGAGUAUUUUUCCCGGCAUUCUUUGUUUAUUAUGAUCACCACUGACCCAGAUAAGCUUCCACAUAGUUCUCUUUCACAAUGCCAGAGGUAUCACUUUCCAAAGAUAAAGGAUGCUGAUGUUAGUUGCAGGUUGCAAAAAAUUUGUACAGAAGAAGAGCUGGAAUAUGAUAAGGACGCAUUGGACUUUAUUGCUACAAAAUCUAAUGGUUCCCUUCGAGAUGCUGAGACAAUUCUUGAUCAAUUGGGUUUGCUUGGAAAGAGAAUCACACUAUCUCUUGCUUAUGAGCUUAUAGGUGUUGUUUCUGAUGAAGAGUUGUUAGAUUUGCUAAAUUUAGCAUUAGCCUCUGAUACUACUAAUACAGUGCGAAAGGCUAGAGAUCUUAUGAAAUCAAGGGUUGAUCCCAUGCAGUUGGUUUCACAACUUGCGAAUCUUAUUAUGGACAUUCUUUCUGGAAGAAACCAAUUGGACGUUUCCGAAGCUGGAAGAAUUGUGUUGGGGAGGCAUGCUUCAGCUGAAGUUGGCAUUCAGAAGCUCAGACAUGCACUGAAAGUACUAUCUGAAACAGAAAAACAGCUGAGGACAUCAAAAAAUCAGGCAACCUGGCUUACUGUUGCACUUCUACAGUUUAAUACAGGAGAUGAUGGGGAUUUAAGAGAUUUAAGCAUAAGCUCACAAAGGGAUAGUUUGAAAAAUAAUGUUUGUGAUGGGGAUCAAUGUGGCAAAUUAUGUUCAGUAGAUCAUUGCAAUGGGAUUGAACUAGAAACGGUUUGGAGAAGAGCUUUAAGGAAAUGUCAAUCAAAAUCACUUAAAAGCUUUCUUCAGAAAGAGGGGAAUUUGUCAUCCAUCCAUGUCAAUGAAGGUCUGGCAAUUGCUGAAAUAGAAUUCUCUCAUCCUGAUCAUGUAUCAAGAGCUGAGAAGUCAUGGAAGUUAAUUGCAAGCUCACUUCAACCUGUCUUAGGAUGUGAUGUACAACUCAGACUAAAGCUUCUCCCCACCUAUAUAAGCAAGAGAACAAAAGUAAAGAAGUCAUCUUUCAGUUUGUUGAGCUGUUCUGGUCGUAAGCAACAAAUAUCAGACUCAACUAUGACGGAUGAAGAUGAGAGUGAAACCUCCUCAAGAGGAGAAACAUUCACUGGAUCGCAAUCCUCUAAUAACGGGCAGCAGUUGGAUUCUAGACGAAUGAAGGAUGUUUACUUAUUUAAUGAUAAGGAGACUGUUAUUAUCAGGAAAAUUGAGGAUGAUACACGAAGCUAUAAAACUUCUGUUACCCUACAAAAUGAAACCAAAUCGAAAUCUGAUCCCUUGCCGCGAGUAGAUGAUGAGGGUCGGUAUGUUGAUAUCCAAGAAUAUGAAAGUCAGCCAAAUUGUUUUUCGAAGACUCUAAAGCUCCGAAGAAGGUUGCUCUCAGCUGAUGCUGCUAAGUCUAUGUGUUUCAGGAUCCAGCCAGAAACCAAACAGGAGCUAACUUAUUUCGACACAUAUGACCCCUACGGUACAUGCUCCCACUCAGAUGUAAAACUCAACGACAACUGUGGAGAAGGGCAUGUACCAAGAAAGGAUUCAAAGUUUAGUUCAAAGUUACUUUGUUGGAGGCCUCCCAGGUCUUCCCCUAGACAGGUAUUGUAUUGUAGACCAGCAUCGUGAUGUUUCCAUAGCCGAUGCCAACCUUUGGAAAUGGAAAAUUAUCAUUGGAGAUAUUGACUGCUUCACAUUUGUGCGAUUUCCAAUUCAGACAGAGGAUUCGUUCAGACAUGCCAAUUUCUUAUUGAAUAACAUAUCCAAGUGAUCUUUUUGUAUAUUCUCUAGUGUCUUAAUUUUCCUUUUAUUCUUCCCAGAUCUCUGAACUAUUCCUUCUGUUUUCUAAUUGCAAAAGAGAAUUUUGUUUCCUGUUUAACUCAGCCAAUUUUGUAUGGUACUUGAAUGGCAUUUUGCUCUGAGAAACAGGUUUUCCGUAUCUAAUGGUAGUAUUUUAUUGUUUGGAGCAUUUA